AUGGCGCUGGAAACCGUAGCUCUCCCGCAUUUGCCUGCUUCCCUUCCUGUGCAUGUGGCGUUGUAUCGCAAUGUGGAGAAUUCAGUCUUUUUGCGGCAGCAACUGCUUGCGGGAAACGCUGACUUCGAAUAUGCCUUAAUCGAUGCUAGCAUGAUCUUGUCAAGGCAGCAUGCCAUCACGGCCAUCUUUCGAGCCGUCAAUGACUACUUGAAUAAUCGGCUCAAGUCCCGCAAUGUGCAUUCGGAGAUUGUGUUCGCCUUCAACCCCACCAACAACAUUGCGGACUCUUUCCGCAAAUUUGGCAUUUCCGACGCAACGAAAGAUUUACUAAUCGUAAAAGUCUCUACUUCUCCGGAGAUAAGCCAUGACUCCAUCGCUGCACACUUGAAAGAUUCUGUCCAAGGGACACUAGUCGCCUUCGACAGUGAGACUCUCUCUCAAAUCUCCGAUGUCUCGAAGAUCAAGAAACAAUAUAAGCUUGGAGCUCUACCUUCGCCAGGCGCCCAGGCCAAUGGUGCGCAGGACGAUAGCAUCAAGCGGCAACUGGAGCUUUCACUACUCGGUGCUAUCGCCUUGAGAGGUUCUUGA